GGAAAGAAGUUUGCUUCGCUGCCAUUGUAUAGAUUGGAGAGAAAUAGACGGCGAGCGACUGUUUCGGAAUGCCAUUUCAUAUAAGUAUGAGAAGCACGAAGAACAUUCAAGACUAAUUGCAGGAAAUGAGCGGACUGUCCAUUCUUUUUCUCGUUUCUCUUCUUUUCUCCAAUGUCAUCGAAGCUUCAAUCUUCUCCGCCAAUGGUGGAGUACCUAUUGUGAGGAACAUCAGUGAACUUCCACAGAGUAACUAUGGGAGGGGAGGUUUAUCUCAUGUUACAGUUGCUGGCUCACUUUUGCAUGGCUUCAAAGAGGUUGAGGUAUGGUUGCAAACAUUUGCUCCAGGAUCAGUAACAUCAAUUCAUAGGCACUCAUGUGAAGAAGUGUUUAUUGUUUUAAAGGGGAGUGGCACUCUCUAUCUUGCCGCAAGUUCACAUGAGAAGUAUCCUGGAAAGCCACAAGAAUAUCACAUCUUUCCAAAUAGCACAUUUCAUAUACCUGUGAAUGAUGCUCAUCAGGGCAUCCAUCUGAUCCAGCAAUCAGCCGCUCAAAGAGAUCUGACCAGUACUUUUCCAAGAAGUACACUCUCGAAAGGCUGGCCAGCCCAAGUCCAAGAUCAGCCCCAUUGCCUAGCCUUCAUAUAAUAGUCAAAUUCUGGCUAGCAGAGUCCAUCUUCUAACAGUUUCUUUAAUGCCUUUUCAUCUUCCAAGGCAGCAUUAAGUGCCUUCCCAUUAUCAGUUUUUAUGUCUUGGGGGCAGAUUUCUAUGGCUAGGAUUUGUAAUCUAUAUAUGGGAAAUUCCAAAGGGGUUUUGGAAUUCUAAGAUUAUCUUUAAUGUUAUUGUGCUGUACUCAAGAUUUCCACACUAUAUAAUGCAAAUCCUGGCUGCUUUCAAAGUCAACCAAUGAAUUUUCAAGUAUAUUAUUUGAGUAUUUUCUCGGGUGACUCAAGAGGGCUUAUGUAAGACUCCUAUUUCUAUGGCUAGGAUUUGUAAUCUAUAUAUGGGAAAUUCCAAAGGGGUUUUGGAAUUCUAAGAUUAUCUUUAAUGUUAUUGUGCUGUACUUAAGAUUUCCACCUCUAUAUAAUGCAAAUCCUGGCUGCUUUCAAAUUCAACCAAUGAAUUUUCAAGUAUAUUAUUUGAGUAUUUUCUUGGGUGACUCAAGAGGGCUUAUGUAAGACUCCUACAGUGGGGCACUAGUGGGACUUUAGUUUUCAAAGUUAUCUUACUAUGUUCAACAUUCAGCCAUUGUAAUCCAUCACCAUUUGCACUAUUACCACACUCAUCCUUCAAACACCAACACAGCAGGAUCAGAACUGAGCCAAAUCUGACCACAAGCUGUCCAACACCUACCGCUAUUCUCUACCAACUUUCGAUCUUGGCGUGCUGGACCUUUAGGCCGGCACCAAAUUGGUAUUAUAGCCACGUCUGGUCAAGAGAAUAAUCCUCAAUCAACCGAAGAAAAUUCUGUUAUCAUGAAACAGAUUCUUGACUCCAUACAAGCCUUACAUGCUCGAAUGCUAGCCUUGGAGCGGCGACAGUCUUCUGCCUGACAACCUCUAAUCGUUAGUAUGGAUACAGGAAGUGAUCAUUCAUCCACCACCAGCUGGUUCCUACAAUGCUAGAAGAGUUCCUUUGAGAACUAGUGCAUAUGCACCACCACCACCAUGUCAUCCAUCAACCUUCGAAGGGCACAUAUGAUCAUAUUUUAGUCGGAAUGCUGUUCAUCCUCCUCGACAAGAUGACACACAUAAAGUCAAGAUGGAGCUGAAAGAAUACAAUGGGAAGCUUAUUCCCCAGGUAUCUAUUAACUGGAUUAAUGUUGUUGAUGAUUAUUUUGAUGGUUUGAAAUGCCUGAAUUGAGAAAAAUCAAACUCGUCAAGACCGAGUUAAUUGGUCCUGCUUGAGAAUGGUGGAAAAGGCAUGAAAAUAGAAUGCUUGCAAAGGGUACUCCCAUCACAACAUGAGAAGAAAUGAAGGAUGAUCUGAAGGACAACUAACUUCCUCCUUCCUUUGUUGACCCACUCCAUAAUCAAUUCAACACCUUCCAGCAAGGUACCCUAUCUGUAGCUGAAUACACGGAACAAUUUACUUCUUUACUCUCCCAUUCUGGUAUUGAAUCCAGUGAUGCUUGACUCAUGUCCAAAUUCAAGUUUUGUUUGAAACCUGAGAUUCGAAGAGCUAUGGGGACCACUAGCCUUUAUGACAUUAAGGAUUGUUGCCAAAAGGCCCUGGAAGCCGAAGAUUUGUUAAAGUUACCCUCGGGGUCUUUUGACACCCCAACCAGAACCAGAGAUUACAGGAAGUCUGUUUACAACCGGCCUCUCAACAAUAGGCCCCCUCACUUCUCAGGUACUACCCCUGGAAAUGUUGACAAGUAGAAGUCUCCUAUGCAAGAAAGUAGCAAAGUCCCAAACUGUUAUCACUGCAAUCAGCCUGGUCAUUUUGCUAAAUCUGCCCACAAAAAGAAUGGCGUGCUAAUAUUUCUGUGACUGAACCUUAAUCUGAUGAUGAUUUCGAAUUAAUGAUGCUUUACCCCUUAUCCCUAGAUGACGAGAUGAGCAUGUCCUUGUCAACAAGAUCCAAGAUGAAGAUUUGGAACCUUGUGGUUUAUAUGUUGUUCAUCGUAUCCUAGUGGCUGAAACCAAAGGUGAGGAUUGGCGGAAGCAAUGUAUUUUCUACAACAGAAUGGCCUGUGGAUCCAGAGUACCACAGUUAUUGUUGAUAAUGGUAGUUGUGUUAACGUUGAAUCUCAAGGAUUUCUUGCAAAAAACAAUCUCCAAGCAGAAAAGCAUCCACAACCAUAUCAAGUAUCACAAUAGUGGUCAAUGAAAGAUGUUCAAUUCCUCUUAAGUUGGGUUAUUAUGAAGAAGAUGUUUGGCGUGAUGUCAUCCCUAUGCGUAUGAUAGAUGUCCUACUUGGCCAACCCUGUAUUUUAGGACAAUGAUGUAGCACUUGGCGGCAAAAAAAUAUUUGCUCUUUUAAGUAUUGAGACCGGCCAUGUUUUGGCCUUGGUCACCAAGGGAUUUACCCCCACCCCUGCACAAACUUACCCUAAGUCUAUCAAGACUUUGUUGAAUGAUUUUUGAGAUCUUACCCGAUGAGUUACCUCCAAUGAUGCUAUUGACAUUGUGCUAGCAGUUUUGCCAAAUCUGCCCACUUACAUUUUGAGCCCUAUGCAACAUGUGGAGUUGAGGAGGCAAGUUGAUGAUUUAUUAAAGAAAGGCUUUCUCCAAGAAAGCAUGAGUCCUUGUGUUGUUCCAAUACUUCUCAUCCCAGAGAAGGAUGGUUCAUGGCGAAUAUGUAUUGACAGUCGAGCUAUCAAUAAGAUCACCAUGAAUUACAUGUU